AUGUGUUAGGACACAAUGUCUUCCCCCCGCUGCUUCCAGCUGCUGCUGUCCUGCAUCCUGCUGGUUCUGCUGGUCCAGGUUCCUUGGGCUCGAUCCAGACCGGCCACGGAGGACGCAGACACAGCCGACGCAGUUAAAUCCUCUGAAGACGAAGAAGACGAUGAGUCAUCCUCGGAGGAAAAUAAACUGUCCAAUGAGCUGUCAACAAGCAACGAGAAACUGCAGUCGAUGGCGCCUCAGUGGGUGAUGCCAGAGAAGAUGGAGAAGCAGCUCCAUGCCGUUCCUGCCAGCAGGACCGUGAAGUUUCGAUGCCAGGCGGUUGGAAAUCCUGUUCCCUCGCUGCGCUGGUACAAGAACGGGAAAGAGUUCAGGAAGGACCAACGAAUCGGAGGCUUCAAGAUCCGAGACCACAUGUGGACCCUGAUAAUGGAGUCAGUGGUUCCGUCGGAUAAAGGGAACUACACCUGCGUGGUGGAGAACGAACACGGGAGUCUCAAACACACCUACCUGCUGGAUGUCGUCGAGCGUUCUCCUCACAGACCCAUCCUGCAGGCCGGGCUGCCAGCUAACCAAACCGCGGUCGUCGGCAGCGACGUGGCGUUCGUGUGUCGAGUGUUCAGCGACCCGCAGCCGCACAUCCAGUGGCUCAAACACAUCACGGUCAACGGCAGCAGAGAGGGACCAGACGGACACCCGUAUGUCCUCGUCCUCAAGACUGCAGGUUUGAACACAACAGAUAAAGAAAUGGAGGUUUUGACUCUGAGGAACGUCACUCUGCAUGAUGCUGGCGAGUACACCUGCCUGGCAGGAAACUCUAUCGGAGUGUCUCAUCACUCUGCGUGGCUCACUGUGGUCGACGAUCUGCCUCCCUCCCCGCUGCCCUCUCAGACAUACUUGGAGAUCUUCAUUUAUUGCCUCGGGUUCUUCAUCAUCGUCAUCCUCACAGCCACAGCCGUCAUCUGCAGACUCUGCUGCGCCCCGAAGAAGAGCGACUUCAACAGCCAGUUAGCCGUCCAGAAACUGGCCAAGAGCAUCCCUCUGAGGAGACAGGUGUCAGUCGAGUCCUCGUCCUCUCUUCACUCUGGAAUGUGUCUGAUGCGUCAGUCUCGCCUCUCCAGCGCAGCCACCACGAUCCUGACCGGAGUGUCCGAGUACGAGCUCCCCUACGAUCCUGCCUGGGAGCUGUCUCGGGACAGGCUGACGCUCGGGAAGCCUCUGGGUGAAGGAUGUUUCGGUCAGGUUGUUCUGGCCGAAGCUGUCGGAGUCGACAAAAACAAACCGACACGCCUCACAAAGGUGGCGGUGAAGAUGCUCAAAGCUGACGCCACAGAGAAGGAUCUGUCCGACCUGAUCUCUGAGAUGGAGAUGAUGAAGAUGAUCGGGAAACACAAGAACAUCAUCAACCUGCUGGGCGCCUGCACUCAGGACGGCCCUCUGUAUGUGGUGGUGGAGUACGCCUCUCAGGGGAACCUGAGGGAGUACCUCCGGGCUCGUCGGCCCGUCGGGUUGGAGUACUGGAGCGGCUCCAGGGAAGUUUCUCUGGGCAGCGUGGAGGUGAUGGAGCUGGUGUCGGCUGCCUAUCAGGUGGCCCGAGGGAUGGCGUACCUCGCCUCCAGGAAGUGUAUUCACAGAGACCUGGCAGCCAGAAACGUGCUGGUCACUGAAGACAACGUGAUGAAGAUCGCUGACUUCGGUUUGGCUCGAGACGUCCAUCACAUCGACUACUACAAGAAGACCACUAACGGUCGUCUGCCGGUCAAGUGGAUGGCACCUGAAGCUUUGUUCGACCGCGUCUACACACACCAGAGUGAUGUGUGGUCGUUUGGAGUCCUGCUGUGGGAAAUCUUCACCCUCGGAGGGUCUCCGUACCCCGGGGUGCCUGUGGAGGAGCUCUUCAAGCUGCUAAAGGAGGGACAUCGCAUGGAGAAACCCUCCGCAUGCACUCAGGAGCUGUAUCUGAUGAUGAGGGACUGCUGGCACGCCGUCCCAUCUCACAGGCCCACUUUCCAACAGCUGGUAGAAGAUUUAGACCGCACUCUGUCCCUCAUGGCAAACCAGGAGUACCUGGACUUGGCCGUUCCUCUGGUCCAGUAUGCUCAGGUCGCCUCCUCUUCCUCGCCUCCUUCCUCUAACUCCACAUAGGCGUCCAGGGACCAGUUCUCUUCCUGGAUCACCUUCAUACCGUUUCCUGUGCUGCGCG